AUGGCUGGAGCAGUUUCACCAAUAACUCGACAAGUAACUAAAGAAAACCAAGAAAUCGGGACCACGUCGGGCGAUUCUCGUCUCGAAGACGUCGAGAACUGUUUGAUUUACGACCAGCAUGGAGUCCCUGUUCCGUUCAAGAAAUUAUAUCAAGACAGGAAAUCGGUCAUUAUUUUCGUGCGGAAUUUCCUGUGCUACAGCUGUAAAGAAUAUGUGGAGGAUCUGAGCAAAAUACCCCGAGAAGCACUGGAGGAUGCUGACAUUCGACUGGUUGUGAUCGGUCAGUCUGCUCAUCCCCACAUUGAGCCAUUCUGCUCGCUGACAGGGUAUCCCUAUGAAAUAUACGUGGACCCGGAUAGGUGUAUUUAUCAAAAGCUUGGGAUGAAGAGAGAGGAAAAAUAUACAGACUCGGCCCACCCAAGCCCCCAUGUGAAGUCUGGUAUCUUUAUGGGACAACUGAAGAGUAUAUGGAGGGCCAUGACUAGCCCUGCAUUCGACUUCCAGGGAGACAUGCAUCAACAAGGUGGAGCCAUCAUUGCAGGACCAGGCUCCCAUGUUCAUUUCUCCCAUUUCGACAUGAACCGCCUGGACCACAUGCCCAUCGACUGGCUCCUGCAGCACGCCGGACUUCAACAGACUCUGGACUUCAGCGAUAAGCCAAAGAUCGUUCAUGUGUAGCCAGCUGGGCAGCCCGACGAUGCACACAAGUGGCUUGUUCGGUUGACAAAAAGGAGUUUGGUCCAAAUCAAUAUCCAUAACAGAUAUUAGUGUGUUUCUGAGUCUGUUGUCUAUCAUAUCUGAUGGGUAGCUGCCUUCUCAAAGAUCUUGGAUAGGUCAUUCCUGACAUUGGACACAUUAGUUUACAAAAACUAUUUCUGGGGAAAAGCCAGUUCUGGCAGUGAAAAAGCACAGGGAAAAAGCUUGUAAGUUGCCCUCGGUCGUGCCUGUGGUGAGAAGGCAUGUGUGAUGGAUGGGUAAAGGGGAUAUGAAUUAAUUACUGAUGUAUUAUAUGUAUGUUAUAUAGUAAGAUGGUUGUGUGGGUGGUUGCGUGGGCGCUACCACCCACCUUAUUUCUAUA